AUGAAUAAUAAUGUAGUAAUUUAUUCUCUAAUGGAUGUUAAUAAACGACUUGACAAAAUCACACGUGACAAAAUUUUUACAAGUGAUUUAACAUUGUUGAGACGUUCAUCCGAUGGUUCAAUUGAUCCAAUGAUUGAUCCAAUACUUGAUCGAUUUUGUUUAGAAAUUUUGUCUAAAGUUCAUCAUAACAAUCAAGUGGCUCAACGUUGA